UGCCAUCCCCAUCCCUAGCACGCUCAUCAUAAGUUGAUUUCUCCGUAAAACAAUCAAAUUAAUCAAAAUAAUCAAAAUGCCUUCAAAAAAAAUCACAAGACCACUUAAAUGGCAUAGGAAAGUGACAACAAUAAAGAAAUGGAACGAUGAGGAAAUAAGAACUAUGCUAACAUACAUUGCGAAGAACGGGAACAUCGAGAAACCCACGGCAAAGAAGUACUACACGAAGCUGAUGGACGAAACCAAGAUAAGCGGCACCUGGAACACAUUCAAAUGCAAACUGAGAUAUCUAAAAGGCACUCUGCAGAAGGCAAACACCUGGAUGAAGACGAAAGGUGCUGAGGUAGAUGAUCCAGCCAGAGUUAGAGAGACCUUGCUGCAAUUGUGCCCGCACUAUGAUCAGUUGGUUGACAUGUUUGGCGCCGAUUUCAAUUUCGAAUCUUCCAUGAGCAACAGCGUGUGGAACACCAACUACCACCAUCCGCGCUCCAUUUUCAGCAACGACGACUCGCUGAAUGCGGAGUAUCUGAAAAGCGAAAGCGGUUCGUCCAUGGAUCCCAUCGACUGCUCUGAAUCCGUAUAUGAAACUGAGCUGAAUAAUCACCAAAAUGGUAUCGAGGAACCCCAAAAGCCGCGCACCGAUGCUGCGAAGAGAAUCGUUGAGUUCGACUACAAGGAAGCCUUGCUGCAGUUGGAGGUGGAGAAGUUCCAGUGGCUGAAGGAGAAGGAGCUGAGAAUGAUGAAGUUUGAGGAGAAGAAAUUCGAGACAGCCACUGAGCUGAGAAAACUCGAGCUGCAGCAGGAGGAAAGAAUUGCGAUGUAUGAAAUCAAAAUGAAAUAUAAGGAUAAAUAGAUCUUACCACAGUCUCCUCCAUAUGUAAGUAUUACUAUAAUUUUUUAAGGCAGGUGGAAACUGUU